CGUGGUGUGGGGAACGGGCGGGCAUGGUGGGACGCGGAACUGCACAGUGGGAUCCUUGGGAACCCCGCAGUCUCACCCGCCGCAGCACCAUAAGCGUUCUGUUGUUGAUUUUUAUUGCUGGCGGUUUGGGGAAAAAGUUUUUUAUCUCGUACGAUUGUUUCAUAUAAAUAAUCCUGAAAGGGGUGGUGCAGCCAGGCCUUGGAUGUUGGAACCCACUGCAGGAAGGUGCCGUGCAGAAGGCGGUGGUAGGGUUUGAAGAGAUGGGGGUGUAAAUCAGUGUUGUGAUCAGUGGAAUCCAAUUCUCUUUAGAACCUGUGCUUGCAUCAGGAGCCAUGUGGUCAGCUGAUGAAAUUGCUGAGCUUUGUUACCUGCAUUAUAGGACCAGACUCCCUAAGCAGGGGAAACCAGAUCCAAACAGGGAAUGGACUUCACUGGCAGCUGUUGUCAAAGUGGAGUCUGCAACUCAAAGAGAGGUUCUUGAUAGUCCGGGGAAUCUGCAGGUGACAAAGGAAGUUGUUGCUAUGGGAACUGGAACAAAAUGUAUUGGCCAAAACAAAAUGAGAAAAACUGGAGAUGUUCUGAAUGACAGUCAUGCUGAAAUUGUGGCCAAGAGAAGCUUCCAGAGGUAUCUUCUCCAUCAGAUGUGGCUGGCAGCUGUCCAUCAGCAAUGCAGUAUCUUUAUUCCAGGAACUGAAACUGGGAAAUGGAAACUCAGACCAAAUAUCUCAUUUGUUUUCUUCUCCAGUCAUACCCCAUGUGGAGAUGCUUCUAUUAUUCCAAUUAGUGAACCAGAGAACCAGCUUUCUAAGCCAGUGACUGGAGAUGAUGCAGCUGGACAAUCAGCAGAGUGUAGAACUCACCAUGAUUGUUUUGCUCCAGAAGAUAAAAGGAAAUCGGAGACAAUGGCAAGUAAACAUACAAGCAAGAGAAUGAAGACUGAUAAUGAUAAUUAUUUUUCUGUAAUCACUGAAGAGCUGGCUGUUCAGCAAGCAUCUGUGAAACGAGAAGAUGACACAGACUCAAAGAGCUGUGAAUGUUCUGUAGAGAUGCAUACAGCGAAUCAGGAGACUGGCUUAGGGAGUCCGAAGGUGGUAGAUGUUCACAGAACUGGAGCAAAAUGCGUCCCCGGAGAGCUGGGUGAUGCCCGAGUACCUGGGCUGGGGUAUCACUGUGUGGGAUUGCUACGAGUGAAGCCAGGACGUGGGGACAGAACACGCUCUAUGUCCUGCAGUGAUAAACUGGCUCGCUGGAAUGUGCUGGGGUGUCAGGGAGCUCUUCUGAUGCAUUUCCUGCAGUAUCCAGUGUAUCUGUCGGCAGUUAUAGUGGGCAAGUGUCCAUAUAGCCGAGAAGCUAUGCGGAGAGCAAUUAUUGAAAGGUGUCAGCACAUCUCAUUUUUACCAGCUGGUUUUCUCACUCAGGAGGUUAAGCUGCUGCAAUCGGAUCUUCAGUUUGAACAUAGCCGUCAGGCAAUUCAGGAAGUUCAAACUAACAGCAAAACAAAACUUGUUCCUUGUAGUGCAGCUAUCAGUUGGAGUGCGGUCCCUGAGCAACCUCUGGAUGUCACCUCAGAUGGCUUCCGGCAGGGAACGACAACGAAGAGCAUUGGGAGCCAUCAGAGCAGGUGAAUCUCAGGGUGAUGGUGGGGGAUGGUGUUUGGGAGUUUUUCCCUCCUCAGUGUGCUGGAUAACACUAAAUAGCAAGGAAGGUAAAGCUGACUGACUAAAAGGAAUUUGUAGGUAGAUGGCUGGUAUGUGCUUUUGUUAAUUCUUAAUUAACUAAAACACCAAAAUCUACAAUAUGAACCUCUGACAGAUUAACGCAAAGAUGACAUUUUAGGGGUUCUUAAAGAACUUACUAGCAAAUAGGAAGAUUUUUUUGAUAUUUUUUUCAAUGCUUCUGGAGAAUCAGCUUGUCCAUGUUGGAGAAGUGAAUCAGUCAUUGUGAAGACAAGUGUAUAAAGAGAAUUUAACUAAAUGGAGAAACUAGUUGGGGCUUGCAAAAACAAACCUUGCUUUAUAAACAGUUUUGGUUGCCUUCUCUUUUGGGGAAGAGAAGGACUUAAAGCUGACAGCAAUGCAUAUGGUAUCUUCAAAAGACAUUUCAAACUUUGACUCAUUUUAUUUGGAUGAGCCUCUUUGUAUUUAACUGCCCUGCAGCUGUGGAUGAAUGUGUCCUUGUCACCUUGUGAAAAGGACAGCAUUGUUCCAGAUAUUUCUGCUGGUUCUUUUAUUCUGAAUAAUAACAAAGCUUGCCGGUUUGAACAAGCCUUUGGAGUCCUUCUGUGCUUGUUUGAUCAGUUCUGGGACUAGUCUUCUAGCUCAAGCUUGCUGUAGUUGUGAGCCGAUGGCGGUGCAGUCUCACACAGAUAACAGUGUGGGGGUAUUAAAAUGUUCUCUCUGCAGACUGACAGAGUGCUGGCUGGGACAUGGGGGCAACGCAGCUCUUUGUCAAUGUAACAUUUUAAACGAAGGGAAAAGGCAGGUGGGCAGCUUGGAUAGGGUAGGAGAAGUUGUGGAGAUCUUUUUACAUUCUUUGAGAACAUCAUGUAUUUUUUUAUCAAAAAUGUUCAGCUGGGAUAUACCACUGUGAUCUGUAGGAGGAAGUG